GUUGCUGGUGUUGGAUUAGUCUACUUCGUUUUCUGCGCCAUAGAAGGUUUAGCUCGAGUGUCCAAGAAUCACGUCGAAGCAGCUAAACAGAAGCAGUUUGCUGCACUUCCUUUGGUCAUAACAGAAAUGGUCAUUUUCUAUUGGAUAUUUACGUCACUAGGCGCUACUAUGCGCACGCUAAAGUUGAGGAGGAACGAGGUGAAGCUGACGGUCUAUCGACAUUUUAUGAAUACUCUUAUGUUUGCUGCCAUUGCUUCGGUUAUUUUCAUGAUCUGGAGUCUUCUAUUUCACAUUUUCCCCACAUGUUUGAAGGACUGGAAGGAACUAUGGGUGGACACUGCCUUCUGGCAUGUUCUGUUUUGCUUCAUCCUCAUAGUUAUCGUCAUUUUAUGGCGGCCGUCGGUCAAUAAUCAGCGUUAUGCCUUCACACCUCUUCUGGAUGAUAGUGAAGAUGAAAAUGAUCAAGACGAGAUUUUCAAUGCUUCUGCGCCUGGAUUUGAGAUGUUGAAGCAGCGCGAGUCUGGCAGCGGAGCAGAUAUGCGGCGUCAGAAGGAGAAGGAUCGUGAAGAUCAUAAACUACAGGUCAUUCGUGUUGUAUUCGGGCAAAUUCAAAGGCUACUUUCUCAAGUAUUUUUGAGCAUGUGUUGCCUUAGUGGAAUCUAG